UGGCGUCGAUGCGAUCGGUGUCGGUGUGUUCGGUGUCGGUGUGAUCGGUGUGGUCGGUGUCGGAUUGAUCAGUUUGAUCGGUUUGAUCGGUGUCGGUGUGAUGUUUGUUGUUGUAGUCCUUGUCGGUGACGGUGUCGGUGUCGUCGGUGUUUGUGAGGGUAUUGGUGUCGUCGGUGUUUGUGUCGGUGUGGUCGGUGUCGGGCUGGUCAGUGUCGGUGUGAUCGGUUUCGGUUUGAUCCGUGGCAAUGUGAUCGGUUUGAUCAGCAUCAUCGGUGUCGGCGUGACUGGUGUGGUCGAUGCGAUCGGUGUCGAAGUGGUCGGUGUGACCGUUGUCGGUGUGGCCAGUGUGGUCGGCGCGGUGGGUUUGUUCGGUGUCGGUGUGAAAGGUGUGGUCGAUGCGAUCGGUGUCGAAGUGGUUGGUGUGAUCGUUGUCGGUGUGGCCAGUGUGGUCGGUGCGGUGGGUUUGUUCGGUGUCGGUGUGACAUGUGUGGUCGGCGUGAUCGCUGUCGGAUGGGUUGGUGUGAUCGAUUAA